GGCAAAAGAUACUAGCUAAACCUGCUAUUUUGGUGGAUACAUUAUCAAUGGUUAACCGGUUACAAGUGGACGCUAGUAUAUAAUGCACACACUUGCUUUGGCGUCUUGGAGGGUACUGGUGCCAGUGGUUCGGAAUAUAAAAUACGUGAUUCCAUUAUACCGCAGUAUGGCAGGAACAGCUAAAAUCAACUUCGACACGAGACAUCUGAAGAAAGGCGAUCCCUUGCCCCCAUACAAUGGAAAACUUCGCAUCUACAACAUGCGCUACUGCCCGUACGCACAGCGCACGAUUCUCGUCCUCAACGCGAAGCAGAUCGACUAUGAAGUCGUCAACAUCGACCUGGUCGAGAAACCGGAGUGGCUCACCAGCAAAAGCCUAUUUGGUAAGGUGCCCGCCAUCGAAAUCGCAGAUGGCGUUUGCAUCGCAGAGAGCCUGGUCACGUCCGAGUAUUUAGACGAAGUGUACCCACAGCGGCCGUUGCUGCCCAGGGAUCCGUUAAAGAAGGCGCUUGCUAAAAUCAUCGUGGAAGGUUCGGGACCAAUACAAACAAUGCUAUUCAAAAUCCUACGCACCCCAGACCAAGUCACCGAUGAACACAUAGCAGCAUACAGGAAGUACUUGAGCUACAUCCAGGAUGAGUUGAAGAAGAGCGGAACCAAGUUCCUGGGAGGGGCGGAACCUGGGUUCGUGGAUUACAUGAUCUGGCCCUGGUUCGAGAGGAUGGUGCCGAUAUCAGAGCUGUACGACGCCGUGAAAAUAGAUGAGACUGAAUAUAAAUUACUUUUGGAAUACAUAAACAACAUGUUCAAAGACCCAGCUGUGAGCCAGUACGUCGUGCCGAAAGACAUUCUAUUUAAAUUUAUGGAGCCCUACAGAACCGGAGGAAGAUCUAACUAUGAUCUCCUUACUAAGGAGUAAUGUUACGUAUGAACUGGUAUGAAAUAAAAUAUAUGGAAUAAGA